AAAAAAAAGUGCCCUCUUCUCUGUUUAUGCAUCGAAUAGGUGAUAAAUGGCAUUUUGUCGGUAAAGAACGUGUGAGGAUGGUGCACUAGCGAAGCCCUUGUACAUAAUGGCAUUCGGGCGAAUCCCCCGUUCCAUAAUGGCAUAAUUCCAUAUUUCUCCAGCUGUUCCGCCGAGCGAACGACCCACAACCAGAAGCCACCCAUUGGCGUACGCGAGGCGAUCGGAGCAUCCCGUCCCAAGAGGAGAAACUCCGGCCGGCGACGCGGGGGAAAAUGGGGAAGACGCCGGUGCGGAUGAAGGCGGUGGUGUACGCGCUGUCGCCCUUCCAGCAGAAGGUGAUGCCGGGGCUGUGGAAGGACAUCACCACCAAGAUCCACCACAAGGUCACCGAGAACUGGAUCUCCGCCACGCUCCUCCUCACCCCCGUCGUCGGCACCUACCAAUACGCCAUGUGGUACAAAGAGCAGGAGAAGCUUUCCCACAGAUACUAAAUGGGAUGUCCUCCAAGUUGCUGCGGCUUGUCGCAGUUGAAUUUUCCAUGAUGGGUUGUAUAAUCUGUCAAUGUCAUUUCUUUGCUCAGUUUUAGUUCAACCCAUUUUCACCUUUCCAUAUGCAUAUACGGUAUCUGUGCCUGGCAAACAUAUUUUGAGGCUAGCUAAAUAUGAACCUUUUGUCUCUUAAGUUGUUAAAUAAAGCAAAUUAUCUGACAGUUUUUCUUG